UGUGGCUGAAUCAUUCAAACGGUUGGUGUCGUUAACGGUGAGCCGUACCGUAACGUUGCAACGUGCCACGUGUUCCCGGUGGCUGUUCUCAAUACGUGUUUGAAAUCCUGCCCGCUGUAAAAAUAAAAUAAAAAACGCUUUCAAAGUGUACUGCAUGCAUUGCACUUUACCGUGCCGUGCUCCAAAAAUCAUCCUAUGUUAAUAUUUAGUGCGUCGGGUAGGAUUUGAGUUCUAUUUUUCCACCGUGGUACCGCUGUUCCUUUCGCCCGAACCUGAUCAAACUCUCACCACAGGACCAGUUACCAUUUAUUUUUCCAACACCGAGCCUAACCGGUAACCAACUGUGCUAGAAAAUGAGUCGACCUUUCGUAAUGCUGGCGUGCUUCGCGUUCCUCGCUAACGUGUGUGUUUCGGUAAGUGGUCUUUCCGAAACGCCGGCCGACGUGCCGCAGGAACACCCCGUCGAUGGUAUCGCGAGACCCGAUGACGAUAGGCCCAAUUACAUGGCAUUCAACGAAAAUGCAUUCAACGAUAACGACCUUCCACCGCCAUCUCCUUCACCGACCGAUGAUUCACGGAUGCCACCGGGUGACCACGGUACGGAUGGAUUAGCCCGGGGUCUGUACAGCUGGGGUGGAAUGCCCCGAUGGCGCAUCAGCCCGGAGCUGCUGGAUGGGCUAAGGGCAGCCCUCGAGGUGGAAAACGACAUGUUUAUGCCGCACAACGAGCAGCUAUUCCGGACGGCUCAGAACGACAACAAAGAGAAUGGACGGGUUGACUUUGGGUUCGGUGCUGAACGAAAUCUUCCCAAACGAGCUCCGACAGGAUUUACGGGCAUGCGAGGACGACGGGUUCCUUCCGGGUUUAAUGGAGUGCGGGGCAAGAAGUCACUCUCUCUGUUCAGUUGGAACAAUCAAGCGUCACGCGGUGGUCCAAACUCUUACCGAGAUGGCAAACGGGCUCCUUCCGGAUUCAUGGGAAUGCGUGGAAAGAAAAGCUUUGACAAUGCGCUGGACGAACGAUGGAGUUUGGACGAACUGAACUCUAACCAAAUGGCUAAAGAAUAUCCCAACUUUCUCGUACUUGAUCCUGCGUAUGGUCCCUCGAUGCACCUUAAUGCGGCACCUCCGAAAAGAGUUCCAAACGGGUUUAUGGGACUACGUGGGAAAUAAGUGAGAAAAUCGAUGCCAUAUAAUCACCGCAAAUAAGGAUAGUUACCCAGUAAGAUAGUUAUUCAACGGUCAAGAUCUCGUGAAUGUCCUUCCUCCUUGCACAACAUGGAACGCAAAUGUAUCGUUAAUCCUUUAAUCUAACGUUAAGCAUCUGCUGCUGAACAUAUCAUCAUGAUCAUCAUUAUCAGUGCGACAAGUAAACGUUGGCACUGGGCGCGUAAUGUUCCCUUCUGUACAGUACAUUGGAAUGGAGUGAAGUGUAGAUUGUGCAAACUGUUUAUAAAUCUUUGCCAAAAUUGUUAAAAAAAAUACACACACACAUACCAAUACACAAAUUCAACCUAUUACACUCACAGAAAUUAUAUCAUUUCAAAAUGAAUACAAACUGGCUUCUGGAAAUAUUACAGCACCUUUA